CGGAGCUGCCCUUGUCUGGCCUGGUUCCCGCGGCGCGGCGACCGGCCCGGGGGAGGGGACGCCACCCGUCAGUCGCCCGAGGCGUCCGCUGUUGCAGCGCCGCGUUCUCCGCGCUCUCCCGACUCGCCGGCCCGCGGGAGAAAUGUUGCUGAAGUGCUGCUGAAAGGGCCAGAGAUGCCAGGAUUUGGGGCCCAGUGAACCUUAAGCUGCCUGACACUGACCUCCUUUCACUGUUAAUAAAGAAGAAGCAGCAGCUUAGCAUGCAUUAACGCCAGUCCGUUCCUCUGCUAACCGGACACUUUGUGCAGCACGCCUACCUCGCACAGGACGAUUGGCCCAGAGUCAGAUAGCUUCCCAUUGCGCGCAGCUUGUAGUAUGCCUCGAUGGAGGAGAGUUUGGUGAGCAUGAGGGAAGACCAUUCUUUUCAUGUUCGUUACAGGAACUCUUUCAUUUUCAAAAAUAUGGUUCCAAAGGGCAGUUUUCACUUGUGAAUGACAAAGAGAGACCGUGAUUUGAAGUGGCCUAAAUGUAGCGUCGUCAGGCUUCUGAUGUCACCGACUGCCACGUGCUCUCCCUCGUCCCUCCUGUCUGACUGGCUUAUCUGCUGCUGAAGCGAAGUGGUAGCAGAGGGUCCCUUGCGUGGUUGUGCUUAGAUCCACGGAUGAGGGGGCAACACUCUCCCUGGAUCAUAAGACAACACAUUCCUGCUGGAAAGCUUGAGACCGACCCGUCCCAGGGGGCCACGUGGGCUCUGAGCCAAGGCCGGCUUUGCACCAGAAAUGGGCUCGCUGCUCCUGGUCCGGAUUUUUAUUUUUCCUCAGGUUUUGUGGGUUUUUUUGGUCCAGAUUUCCUUCUGGCCUCAUUUGUCGCCAGGACCAAGCCCAGCGCCCGGUUAGACUUGCUGAAAGCGAAUCCCAGUGGGUUCCAUUCAGUGGUUUAGCUCCAAGACGGAUGAGCUAAACCAGUCUUCCACAGGGGGACGCUAUGCCAGGUGUGGGACAUGGGGACUUUAUUUGCUCUUCUGUCUCAAUAGCUACAUGUGUGCGUUAAUGUCCAUGAGAAAACAAGCGUUAGUGUCACACCAGACUCCGUUCACAGUCCUGCUUCGGAUGAGCUAGAUUUUUUUAAUGACGGUGCCAUUGGAAGGACGUUGGCCAAAUUACAGAAAGCCAUUUAAGGGAAUGACAGCUGGAACGCAGACAUGGCAGAAGUCUCAGAUGUUGGAGAAUCACAGUGAAUGGAAGCCUCUUGCCUGGAGCUGGCCUUGGAGGGGGAGCGCCUGUGCAAGGCCGGAGACUGCCGCGCGGGGGUGUCCUUCUUUGAAGCCGCAGUUCAGGUGGGAACCGAGGACCUGAAGACCCUCAGUGCUAUCUACAGCCAGCUGGGCAACGCCUACUUCUACCUGCACGAUUACGCCAAAGCCCUGGAAUACCACCAUCACGAUCUCACUCUUGCAAGGACGAUUGGAGACCAGCUGGGGGAAGCCAAAGCGAGUGGUAAUCUGGGCAACACCUUGAAAGUUCUUGGAAAUUUUGACGAAGCCGUAGUCUGUUGUCAGCGACACCUCGAUAUUUCCAGAGAACUUAACGACAAGGUGGGAGAGGCGAGAGCGCUGUACAACCUGGGCAACGUGUACCACGCCAAAGGGAAGAGCUUCAGCUGCCCCGGCGCUCAGGACGCGGGCGACUUCCCCGAGGAGGUGCGCGCUGCUCUGCAGGCCGCCGUGGAUCUCUAUGAGGAAAACCUGUCGCUGGUGACCGCUCUGGGUGACCGAGCCGCCCAGGGACGUGCCUUUGGAAACCUGGGAAACACGCACUACCUCCUGGGCAACUUCAGAGACGCGGUCAUAGCCCACGAGCAGCGUCUCCUUAUAGCAAAAGAAUUUGGGGAUAAAGCAGCCGAAAGAAGAGCGUACAGCAACCUUGGAAAUGCAUAUAUAUUUCUUGGUGAAUUUGAAAUGGCCUCUGACUACUACAAGAAGACAUUGCUGUUGGCUCGGCAGCUCAAAGACAGAGCCGUGGAGGCGCAGUCUUGUUACAGCCUGGGGAACACCUACACACUGCUCCAGGACUACGACAAGGCCAUCGACUACCACCUGAAGCACUUGGCCAUUGCGCAGGAGCUCAAGGACAGAAUCGGUGAAGGGAGAGCGUGCUGGAGCUUGGGAAAUGCGUACACAGCCCUAGGCAACCACGAGCAAGCCAUGCACUUUGCUGAAAAGCACCUGGAGAUUUCAAGAGAGGUCGGGGACAGCAGUGGCGAGCUCACAGCACGGCUGAACCUCUCUGACCUUCAGAUGGUUCUCGGGCUGAGCUACAGCACAAACACCUCAGUGAUGUCUGAAAACAUUGAAAUUGAUAACAGCUCGCACGGUGCACGCCCCAAGUUUGGACGCCGACACAGUAUGGAAAACAUGGAACUUAUGAAAUUAACACCAGACAAGGUACAGAACUGGAACAGUGAAAUUCUUGCGAAACAAAAACCCCUCAUUGCCAAACCUUCUGCAAAGCUACUCUUUGUCAACAGAUUGAAGGGGAAAAAAUACAAAACUAGUACGUCCACUAAGGUUCUCCAAGAUGCCAGGAAUCCCAUUGAGCACCGAGUUCCAAACCCCCAGAGGCUUUUCUCUCUGUCUCAGAAACUCAGUGCAGACACGAUGGGAGAGGAAGGGUUUUUUGACCUCCUGAGCCGAUUUCAGAGCAACCGGAUGGACGACCAGCGGUGCUGCUUACAAGACAAGACCUGCGGGGCAGCUUCCGGCACAGCUCCGUCCACUCCCCCGCGAGUGAAGCUAAGAACACCAUCUGUCUCCGUGGUGUCCCCCAACACGGACGAGUUUCUGGAUCUCCUGGCCAGCUCGCAGAGCCGCCGCCUGGACGACCAGAGGGCCAGUGUCAGUAACUUGCCAGGGCUGCGCCUGACCCCAAACAACAACCAGUCUGUCCUGGGCCACCUGGUGACGAGUGACAAGGAGCCUGACGAGGACUUCUUCGACAUCCUCGUCAAGUGUCAGGGGUCCAGACUAGACGACCAGAGAUGUGCGCCUCCCCCCGCUGCCACAAAGGGGCCAACGGUACCAGACGAGGACUUUUUUAGCCUCAUUUUACGGUCUCAGGCGAAAAGGAUGGAUGAACAGAGAGUUCUUUUACAAAGAGAUCAAAACAGAGACGCUACACUUGGGCUGAAGGGCUGCUUGCAAAGUGAUGCUCUGUUGGAUCUUAAAAAUUCAGGAAGAAAAUAAGCCCCUAGUUACUAUGGACGUAUGUUUUAAAGUGACCCUGUCCCCUCAGAACGCUGUUCAGGAGCUGCACCUACUUCUCUUUCCUGGAAAGGAGGGGUUGCGGCAUGUAACAGCAUGCAGGCUGAGGGCGGCGCACACACUCGGCGUGUACGUGCAGCGUGUGCACAUGGACACUCACGUGCUUUGUGGACGCGGCCGAGAAGGUGCUUCCCCAGCUUCCGUGAUGCUGCCGGGGACUGUCCUCCGGCAGCUCGUUCGUCCUUGGCCUCGGUGCGUCAAGUAGAAAGUUAGACGAACCCCGACGACUCUAGUCCCCUUUCUGAGAUCGUAUUUUUAAGCGCUCCAUUGACAAUGGCUUUUUUAUACUUAACAUAUAAAGAGAAAAUAUGUUGUCUAGAAAAAAUUGCUCGACCAAUGUGUAGUUAUAUAAAAUAGUCCCAUAAAAAAUCUAGGUUUCCCCCCUCUAACAAAAUCUGUUUUCAAUAUAUUUUUGGGCCAAAGCCAUUAUAAAUGAGACUCUUAAGAAAUAAACUUCUUUUAGCUUGU